AAUGCAGACUACAGUGAGUAAGCGCCACAAGCACGCACUCGCAGCUUCUCUUAAACAACCCUAGGAAGUGGAAACACUGCAGUCUCUAAAACAAUCGAAAUUUUGAAAGGAAAAUAAAACCAUAAAUUGAAAAAAUGCCUCCAAAAGCUUCAAAAUCGAAAGAAGCACCUGCUGAGCGACCUAUUCUCGGCCGAUUUUCUUCUCACCUCAAGAUUGGCAUCGUUGGAUUGCCGAAUGUUGGCAAAUCUACACUUUUCAAUACGCUUACAAAGCUUUCAAUUCCUGCUGAGAACUUCCCCUUUUGCACUAUUGAGCCUAAUGAAGCUCGUGUCAACAUCCCAGAUGAACGAUUUCAGUGGCUUUGCAAUUUGUUCAAGCCUAAAAGCGAGAUUCCAGCUUUCUUGGAGAUCCAUGAUAUAGCUGGAUUAGUUAGAGGUGCCCAUGAAGGACAGGGGUUGGGAAACAGUUUCUUGUCUCAUAUCCGAGCGGUUGAUGGCAUUUUUCAUGUUCUUCGUGCAUUUGAAGAUCCAGACAUUAUCCAUGUUGAUGACUCUGUUGAUCCUGUGAGGGACUUAGAGGUCAUUAGUUCAGAGUUACGCUUAAAGGAUAUUGAAUUCAUGGAAAGGAGGGUAGAAGAUCUUGAGAAGAGCAUGAAGAGGAGCAAUGAUAAACAGUUAAAAAUAGAGCAUGAAUUGUGUCAAAAGGUCAAGGCCUGGCUUGAGGACGGAAAAGAUGUUCGUCUAGGGGAUUGGAAAGCUGCUGAUAUUGACAUACUGAAUACUUUUCAACUACUCACUGCCAAGCCUGUCGUUUAUUUGGUAAACAUGAAUGAGAAAGAUUACCAAAGAAAAAAGAACAAGUUCUUGCCCAAGAUUCAUGCUUGGGUCCAGGAGCAUGGGGGAGAACAAAUUAUUCCUUUCAGUUGCGUGUUAGAGAGAAAUCUUGCUGAUAUGCCACCAGAUGAAGCAGCAAAAUAUUGUGAGGAGAACAAGGUACAGAGUGCCCUUCCAAAAAUCAUCAAGACUGGUUUUUCAGUGAUUAAUCUCAUUUACUUUUUCACGGCGGGACCUGAUGAGGUGAAGUGUUGGCAAAUUAGACGACAGACAAAGGCUCCUCAGGCUGCAGGGACCAUCCAUAGUGACUUUGAAAGAGGGUUUAUUUGCGCAGAGGUGAUGAAAUUUGAUGAUCUGAAGGAACUUGGUAGUGAGGCAGCUGUUAAGGCUGCUGGAAAGUACAAGCAGGAAGGAAAAACCUACGUGGUCCAAGAUGGGGACAUAAUAUUUUUCAAGUUCAACGUUUCUGGGGGUGGAAAGAAGUGAGGAUUUUACAUGCCCAAUAGGUAAAAGAAUUACCUGGCUGGGUUUUUGAGAUUAUCAAGUUAUUGAUUUUGAUCCAAAAUCCUGUAUUGUGUUGGAAAAUACCUUUUUUUAAUCCUUAUUGGAGAUUUAUAGAGAAUCAAUCUUGUGCUCGUAGGCACACUUCAUAUAUACAUGUUAGUGGUUGAUUGCAGACUCGAGAGAGCCAGCAAUUAACAUUUGCCUCACCGUAAGUUGUACUCUUAUUUCAGUUUUGUUGUUGAAAAUUGAACUGGUUAUUUUAGUUGUGGAA